AUGGGCCGCACCAUUGACCAGGAUGUGCAUGCGGCAUUCGUCGAGUUCAAGGCCAAAGGUACGUACGCAGUAUUGUCACCCUCAGUAUUGACUGUACUGUACAUGGUGUACGCGUAUCACGAUACAACAUACCUGUACUGUGACGAUAGACGAGAGGAGCAGCUGACUGAGUCGCCGUCUCCACAUACAGAGGACGAUAAAUGCAUGUCCGUUCAGUGCAUCUACUGCCAACAGAUCCGUGCAAAGAACACUUCGCGCCAGAAGCAACAUCUGCUCGAGUGCCCUGGCCUGCAAAACCAUCCCAAUGCUCACCGUCCACAGUCGUCUCCCGGCGACGCCAUCGCCGCCAAUGGCUUCGGCACUCCCACCAUCUCCCACAGCUCGGCCACCCCCAUGAACAAUGGCCUCAAUGCCAAUAGCACUCCCAUGCAAGGCAUCUCGAACGGUACAACGUUCCCAGCGUCCGCCGACACUUCCACACCGAGCCAACGCCACACCCCGAAACCACAAAAGACCCCCAAGGGCACACCGGGUUCCAGCCUACCGGCGCCGCCUCUCGACGAUGUUCAUGCAGCCUUCGUCGAGUUCAGAGCCAAAGAGGAGGACAAAUGCCUGUCGGUGCAGUGCAUCUAUUGCAACCAGAUCCGAGCCAAGAACACAUCGAGACAGCGCCAGCACCUGCUCGAGUGCACCACCUAUCAGAAUGUCAUGAAGGAAUCAAUACCGGCAAACAACCUCCUCCAUAGAUUUGACGAAGGUGAUAUUGCCCGUUCCCUCCAGUUGCCGGCCCCGACCCUGGAACUUGACUUCCGCAUGAACAUCAAGGUCAAUCCCAAGAUCGGCGUUGGACCCGGUCUGUUCGGCCAUCGCGACUGGGUCAGCAUUGUUGGGGGUCAAUGGGCCGGACGAUGGGGCAAAGGGAUCGUCAUUCCUGGUGGACUGGACAAUCAGCUGGUGGUCAAGGACCUUUCAACACGCAGCGAUGCCUCCUAUCUGCUCCAGACCAACGACGACCCUCCCGCGUACAUUACAGCAAAGUCGAGAGGCUGGCGCACCGGUACCAAGGAUAUCCUCGAACGGCUCAACGACUCUACGGUAGCAGACACCAUCCCAGCCAGCCAAUACAGGUUCCGGAUGACGAUUGAGCUCGAGACUGGCGACGAGAGAUACUCAUUCCUGAACACCUGUCUUUGGGUGGGGAGUGGAAGUCGGAGAGUGGGUGAAAUUGUGUAUGAUGCAUAUCGGGUCGGCUAG